GACCACGCUGCAGGGAACUGGGGUCUUCUCUCUUUGGUCGGUGGUAAAGAGUGCCUAAGUAGGUACACAGAUCGUUAAUACGACCAAGCAUCUAGUGCAGGAACCGGUACUACUCGCCAUGCCAAAUUGUCCAAAGUGCAACAAGCCGGUGUACUUUGCCGAGAGGAAAACGUCGCUGGGGAAGGACUGGCACGGCGCUUGUCUACGGUGCGAAAAGUGCAACAAGACCUUGACGCCCGGCAGCCAUGCGGAACACGACGGCAAACCGUACUGCAACCACCCCUGUUAUGCAGCUCUUUUUGGCCCAGGAGGAUUCGGACGCGGCGGGGCGGAGAGCUACGUGUACAAGAAGUGAGGAGGGACAAGGACGCCGUCGAGUAUUCAUGACAAGAGUGACGCAAACCGUUCCUGCGGCUGCCUGAAUUAUUCCAAUAACGAUGCCCCUGGGGCUUAAAUUAUUUAAGAGUAUCGUUUAAGUUAGACUUUUCUACCGUGCCUUUGUCGAGGACUAGGCUCCGGGGUACUCGGACGCUCAUUGAUUUUGAUAUCACGGAGUAUUGUUUCAAGCGCGACACUCGCUAUCCUGCUAUGGAUCGCGAAUAAAUGGGUUUGUUUGUAA